GCAGAGCUCGGCUCGGUGUUUAUUACAUGCCCUGAGUGGCCAUAAAAAUUCCAAUGCGAUGGCGCCAAAUGGAAUGCAAGUGGAAAUCAAUAAAAAUUAACAUGUUUUGGGAAGGCAGGCAAAACAAUCGACGAAAAUUUUUUAUCAUAAUUAAAAUGUUAAUCUGCGUGAAGUAAAAGGUUAGACAAACUAUUAGCGCCCAAAUUUAUGGCAACUGCAAGACGGAACCAAGACGGGGCAUACAUAAUGUAUGAGUGAUAACAGAAUGGCCGAAUGGCCGAAUGGCUGAAUGGCCAACAACAAAGAGCCAAAGUGGUCAACGACAGCUCUUUUCAAGAGCACCCACUACGGCCGAUUAGCAUAAGCAGAAAAGUUUGUUUAGAAAAAUCAUAAAAAAUUAUGCUCGCUGGCAAGUGAUUCAGCAGAAAUAAAAUAACACCGCAAGACAGAAAAAAUGAAUAGAUAACACGGCUACUAAAAGACGGAUAAAGCAAAAAACAAGCGAUGACAAAAGGCGAAUGGGAAAUGGCCAAGUGGGAGAUUGGCUGAUGAAGGAGCAAUGGGCAAACUGUUCGGAAUGAGGUGCAAAACCAAAGACAACCAAUUAAAAAAACAAAUGAUGGCAAAAAGGAAAAAAAAGUGGAGUUGCAAACUGCAGCGAUUUCGCAUAAAAGACGUGGGCGUCGUAGAGUUGGACAUACUUGCCUUCGAUCCAGCAAUCCGAGCGGAGUUAUCCACCUACUAAACACACACUCAUCAAGAUGCGCGUCCUUAUUGCUCUGUGCCUUGUGGCUGUUGCCAGUGCCAGGAGUGGCUACAACUACCAGCCUGCUGCUUCGGCUCCCAUUGCCACCUCCUUUGCUCCCUCGGGAUCGAGUUACUCCCCCGCGGUGGCCGCCAGCCAGGAUGCCCCCGCCGAAACCUAUGUGCCCGCCGCCGCCCCCGAGGCUGCUCCCUCCGCUCCCGUGGCCACCAGCUAUGCCGCUCCCCAGGCCGAGCUGCAGAAGGAGUUCUUCACCUACACCGCCGACGAGCAGGACUUCAAUGAGCCCGCCGGCUCCGAGCAGGCCUCCAGCUCCUUGAACCGCGCUCUGCGCGUUAUCUUCAUCAAGGGACCCGAGAACACUGGCCUGGAGAAUGCCGCCGUGGCUCUGGCCAAGCAGGCCGGCCAGCAGGAGACCGCCAUCUAUGUGCUGAACAAGCAGGCCGACAUCGGGGAUCUGAGCAACAAGCUGAAUGCCAUCCGCAACAACCACAACAACAAGCCCGAGGUGCACUUCGUCAAGUACAGGACCAACCAGGAUGCCGUGAAUGCCCAGCAGACCAUCCAGUCGCAGUACGACCAGCUGGGCGGAUCCUCCACCAUCCAGAACGGAGGCGUGGCCCCCGUCCUAAACUUCGCCUCGCAGCCAGCUGCCCAUCAGGUGGCCGCUCCCGCCGCUCCCGGCAGCUCCUACCUGCCCUCAUCCGUCCUGCGAUUCCGCCAGUAGGGCAUCGAACUGCUGACCCAUGACCCCAUCAACGAUUCCUACGCCUCCAUGUUGCCUAGUUUGUAAAUCUUUCGAAUUUCAAAAUGCCU